CAGCAGCUCAUUUCAUAUUCAAGGUGCUGCUUCCUGCAACAGGUGUGUGGGCUACCGCAUCCACACAACGCAAGAGUUUCUGGACCCAUUUUUUAAAAGUUUUAAAACAAAUUUUAAAUUUGUUUUUAUUUAUUUUAUUAUUUACACGUUUUUUUCCUUUGGUGAAUUUAACCCGUUAAAAGUCGGUGGAUUACGGAAACUGCGCUCAUUUAUUCAGAACACCUAGAGCUCUUCGCGGAAUUCUUUCCUCCGCGUUUCUAAACCGAUAUUGUGAUACAGUAACUUAUCUUGAAACCAUACUGCGAGAAGAUGGCAAAUAAAGGAAUGCAGCUCCUGGGGUUUUCUCUGUCGAUUCUCGGCUUGAUUGGGCUCAUUGUUGGCACAAUCUUGCCCCAGUGGAAGAUGUCUGCCUACGUUGGAGAUAAUAUAAUCACAGCGAUAGCGAUGUAUCAAGGCCUUUGGAUGUCGUGCGCUUCUCAGAGCACCGGGCAAAUUCAGUGCAAGGUGUAUGACUCCAUCCUCCAACUCGACGGUGCUCUCCAGGCAACUCGCGCCCUGAUGAUUGUAUCAAUCAUUGCCACUGUAAUGGGUCUGGGUGUGGCCAGCAUGGGCAUGAAGUGCACUAACUGUGGUGGUGAUGACAAGGUCAAAAAGUCUCGCAUUGCCAUGACAGGCGGUAUAAUCCUCAUAGUUGGAGCUCUCAGUAGCAUUGUUGCCUGUGGCUGGUUUACAAAUCAAAUUGUCCGGGACUUCUACAACCCUUUCACACCUGUCAAUACCAAGUACGAGUUUGGUGCAGCCAUUUUCAUUGCCUGGGCAGGCGCUUUCCUGGACAUAAUGGGUGGAGUCAUGUUGGCUGCAUCCUGCCCAAAGGGUAAAGCAUCUCCCAAGUACCCAAGGUCCUCCAGACCACCAAGCAGCAGCAAGGAGUACGUUUGAGUGGCAUCCAUUGUUCACAAGUUGGAGAAGACCUUAAAGAAUUGUGGAGUUCUGGUAGAACUUUCCCUGGCCAACUAAUAUGAGAACUGUUUAGAUUUUUAUUUAUUUUAUUGUUAUUGAAAGUAGGCUUAGAAUAGAACAAACAAACAGGUCAGAUUUUACUGAUGCUCGGAUACAGCAGCCCACCUCAGAUAAAGAGGUGCUUUCCUUUUGAUAUAAAGCACAAUUUUAGUCUUUUACAGUUUCUAUUAUAAAUUGUUACUGAUGUGAGUUUGAAAGAGAGGUUACUUCCCCAGUGUGUUCCAAAUUUCAUAAAACUGCCAUGUUUAUUGAACAUGAGGGAAGGAAUGCUCAGGGAAAAUAAUUACUCAUGCCUCUAAGUUACAUUGCAUCUCUGCUUCUUAAAGCCAUGUCCUGAUCCUCUCUGCUUUGCUUGCUGUGCUUCUUCUGAGCCAGUAGUUGUGCCAGACACUAGGAUACAUAAAAAGAACAAUGUGAUAUUGCUGUUUCUUUUUUUUUUUUCUUUCUUUUAAGGUCAGAGUACAAACAGGCUAACUCAUGCAAAGUUCUAGUUCAUUUUGCAACAUGAUUUCAGUUUGGUUCCUGUGCCACUAAAACCUCUCUAACAAUUUAUUUUAAACAAAUUAACAUCCUCUAAGGGAAGCACUACUUUGAAAAACGAUUACUGAAAGGAAAAGGCUACACAUUUGUUCCUAUUGCUAGGGAGACAGACUUAAUGGUGCUGUAAUACCAACAUGCAUGAAAAAUACCAGCAAAUUACUGUUUCAGUCAUUAUCAACUGAACUGCCCAAAGAGCACUUUUGUCUAUGAUGAAUAAAAUGUUUAGAUAUGACUAGAAAUACUCCCAACAAGGCACUCAACUGUUCACAUUUUACAAGAAUUUCAUGGAUAUGUCAGUUUCUUUUACUGAGCAACAUGAUCAAUGCUUUUCACUUUGUCAUGAGCAAUGUUGUGCUUCACUUUUAUAUCUUUAAGAACUGUUUUAAAACCAAAGGAAUGGCUCUUAUUUUUUUGUAAAGUGAAACUUUUCAGUGCCUUUGUGCUCCAGUGUCGGCCUUGUUGUGUACAUUUAUAAAGCUAAUAAGUUACAAAUGUUUUCAAAGUGCUCUUAUUUCAAACAGAAGAAGAAAAAAGGCUGAGGAUUAGUUGAAGCUUGGUUUUAUCACAGCUGGUUACAAACCAGGUUUCAUGUGGGUGAAGUAUUGUUUUUUUUUUUUUUUUGGUCUGUGCUUAGACCACUUGAGGUGGGCUGCCCCUGUUAUAAUCAUUUUAUAUUUGUGACCAACAUAUGCAAAUAUUUAACUUUUAAUUUUUUUUUUUUUUUUUUUUGUCUGUGCAAGUUUGCAAAUUAACAAUUGUAUGUAAAUAAAGUUUUUUAAAUGAGA